GCAGGAGCUUGCAAAAGUUGUUCCUCGUUUUUGCAGGGAAAAUCAGAGACCAAGCAAAGUUGGCAAAAGUAAGCAUACGCAUUGAGUUGGUAGCUCUUGGUCUGUGCAGAUCGCCUGUAAAAGUACACGCCGUCUCUUCUCGCCUCCUCGCCUCCUGUCUCAGCCCUUGGAUCCAGAAUAUCUCAAUCUCAAAUUUAUUUAACUUUUCUUUUUUGGUCUGAAAUAUUCCAACGAGUCAAAAAAUCCAUCUUCGCACUCAGCCCAGCUUGAUUCAUCUGCAAACCCAAGAUAUAUUCAUCCAUAAUAAUACUUCCUCUUCUUCCCUCGAAUAGCACAGCACUCGAACCUGCUACACACACAUCUCCUCCUCCUCCUCCACUCCUCUUGGUGAAUUAAUUUGAAUCCGAACCAAAUAAGUAUUCCUCUCCCGACAUAUCUUCCGUCUCUCUCGUGCAGAAAAUCAAAAGUGGUUUAAUCUCCUCAACUCCACUCAAUUUUGCCAAACAUUUAUGGAAGCAAUUCAAAUUGGAAGCCCCGAAGCAGUCGUUUAAUACUUGAGACUUGCCAUCUUUUAAAAAAGCGGAGAGUGGUGUAUUUUUCUUUAAUCUUGGAAAUUUGUUAUUUAAAUGCUGCUUGUCUACUGUUUCACCUGCAGCUUAGCCAACUAAGGACGAAUAAUUCAGUGGGUUAUUAAAUAGUGAAACUUGUUACCGCUGUCAUUAUUGUGAGGAGAAAGCAGUAGGAGCUCAACGGAAAGGGAAACAAACCACGACCUAUUUUCUCAUCAAGUGAGGCUGGCAUUAGCAGUUUUCUGUCGUUGGUACGAAAAGCGGGUUGUCUUUACUCCCUGAGACACUGGUCCAAUUUGCAAGGUUGCCCUUCUUCUGCUUAUUGCUACUUCACAUCGUGUCGUCGUAGUUGGAUUCGAUACUCUCUUCUCGAGAUUACUCAGCCAGAAGAGUGUCAGGGGAAAAUAUUGAGCGGAACCUCCGUGUCGUGCCAUCAUCGUUGAUACCAAUUUUACUCGUCUACAAGGACCAGGACAACGACGACGACCCAAGCAAAGUGAGAAGACGCGGAGGAGUGUCUGCAUGUGGCGCUGUGCAGAUUAGUUUUACGAGGUGACAGAAAAGGAAAAAAGAGAGGAGAAAGCACCUCCCGGGAUUCAUUAUUGUCAAUUGUCAUACAAAUUUAAGGAAAAAAGACCAACCAGUGGGACUUAAUUGUUGGUGAGACCAAAACAAACCAUCGUCUCCCACUCACACACGUUUCUCCAAUUUGUGAGGAGAACUUCUUUAUCUUUUGUCUUUUGUUGGGGAAGAAAAAGGUGCCGUUAAGUUCGUGCGAGAGGGAGUGAAAGAGUCACAAUUUGUGAAAGUGGAGUUGGCGAGAGUCCUGGAGAUUCAUAAUAAUUUGGAACAUUUCCCCAAUAUUUAUGAGACAGAUAGAAGCAUUCCACAAAUUUGCUGAUGUUGCAUUCACGACAGAAGGAGAAGGAUGUGCAGUAUGCCCCUCAUGGGUUCUGAACAAAGAAGCAAUUUAAUACAGUCCAUAUACACCCAAAUCAACGACCCUGCUUGCGUCUCUUCCCUAUAGUUUGUCCAUCGCAACAAGAAGAACAAAACCCCAAACCCAAUGUUUAUCUUUGACUCGAAAUUGUGUCCAUUGUGGUGCAGAUUGGAUUUCCCCGAGAACAGAGGAGAGUAAAUUAAACAGAAAUUUAGAAACAAGCAUUGGCGAGCCCUCUGGAGCGAGAUCAUUAUCAGGCAACAUUCGUUCUGACAUUUAUUUGACUUGUCUACCACUAAUUGGCCGGAUAUAAAAUGGAGCCGACUUCACCACCAUCAAGAGUGCCCGUGGACUUUGAUUACCUUUCACCCGAAUGGAUGUACAACUCCACAAGAAAUUGUACCCGCUAUGAAAAUGACUACUGCGAACCGCCGGAAGAUUACGAAGACCGGAUGUUGGCCCAUAUCACUCCGGAUAACUAUGAAUGGGUCCUCAUAUGCGCCAACUUCAUCGUGUUUGUCGUCGGACUCGUUGGAAACGCGUUGGUCUGCGUGGCCGUGUUUCGUAAUACCACGAUGAGAACGGUGACAAAUCUCUUCAUCGUCAACCUGGCGCUGGCUGACUUCAUGGUGAUUCUCUUCUGUCUCCCUCCAACGGUUGCUUGGGAUGUCACUGAGACGUGGUUCCUUGGAGAUGCAAUGUGCAAGGUUGUCCUCUACUUUCAGACCGUGUCAAUUUCUGUGUCAGUUUUAACUCUGACUGUUAUCUCGGUUGAACGUUGGUAUGCCAUCUGCUUCCCACUGAGAUUCAAAGCGACCACAGCACGUGCCAAGCGACUGGUCCUCAUCAUUUGGGUCAUCUCCCUAAUUAUCGAUAUUCCAGAACUGGUGGUGCUCCAGACGAGCAGACGAGAAGACGUGCCCGUCGACACGAUUUACUUCAUGCAGUGCAAACCGACCUGGGAAUCACAGUGGGAUAUAGCUCUCACGAUUCUCAAGAUGUUGCUCCUUUACGCCAUUCCUUUGACAUUCAUGAGCUUUGCCUACUACCAAAUUGUGAAGGUGCUCUGGAGCUCAGCCAACAUUCCUGGAAACUCCACAACCAGCACGGUCACGAGCAGUGGCAGGAGGCAGACCGUGGUUGUCAAUUCCAAUGGAUCCUCCCAUCACAACGGCCAGUGCCAGGCCCAAUUGCUGACCCCGAUUCUUCGAGGGACUUCCAGCGUCCAAGGAGCUCAAGCCGAUUACCAGCUAAAGUCAAGGAGAAAAGCUGCAAAAAUGCUGGUUAUUGUGGUCAUCAUGUUCGCUCUGUGCUACCUCCCAGUCCACAUUUACAGCAUUGCAAGCCUCGUCUUUACUCUACCUGUGGAAGUGAAAUACCUCGUGAUGCUUUCCCACUGGCUCUGCUACUUCAAUUCGGCGUGUAAUCCCGUAAUUUACAAUUUAUUCUCUGGGAAGUUCAGGACGGAAUUCCUCCGCACUUUUGGGUGCAGGAAGUGGGCCAACAACAGUCGAAAUCGUGGUCAUCCCAUGAUCCGUCGGCACCGUCAUCAGCAGCAAGCCCGGUUUGGAGAUCCAUAUUACUGCGGUCCCAGAGGUACUACUGGCACUGGAGGUUUGUCAUCCAACUCCACCAGUUACACUUACACCCGACGAACUGAACUCACAAGGGCUUCUGGUCGGACCUAUUUUUCCUGAGACAGGCCCAGCUCUUCAUUGAGCACCCAAAUGGAAAUGGUCAACCUGGCCAACUAAAGCCUCCUCUCUUGCAUAUAGUUUUUACACCCUGCACGAUUUUAUUUAUGUAACCACCGUCUACAUUAUGUCCUUUGUUACUUUUAUUUAUGUACAUGUUCCUGUGAAACAGACACAUUAUAUGUCAUAGACCUUGUUCAGAUUUUCCGUGGAAAAUCCCCAAUUUCUCUCACAAAAGUAUUUUUUACGUUUUAGGGAAUACAAAAUUCAAAUCACUGUCCACUGUAAUCCAUGCCUACUCCAGCACCGAAUGUUAAUACAGACGUACCUCCCUCCUUCCUUCCGAAUGUCGACAACCAAGAUGACUCCACUCACUCUUAAAAAGUAAAGUUUUCAAGUCAGUAUUUACAUUGAUGUAUUUAAUUAUUAGUCUUAAAUACUUAUAAAUUAUUCUCUAAGUACUUACUUAUUUGCAAAAUCUUCAUGUUGUAAUAUCAGUAAUCAUAAUCCGAAAAUGUAAAUAUGCUACUGUAUCUCAAAAUUAUAAUGAUAUAAUUGUGCGACUUUUUACUAUAUAUUAGCGAUUCCGUAUUAUAUUCUAAAAGUUGUAAAUACAUAUGUGUGUGCGCGUAUGAAUUUUUGACAUGUAUUAUCUCCAGAUACAUAUAUUUAUAGUUGUGCAUAUGCACAAGUUUCUUGAUUUUCAAAUGUAAUUUAUUUGAUACGCUUGGAAAAUUCGUCGCAUUAUUGUGAUACAACUUAAACUAUGUGUAUGACUGGAAUGAGGAUGAGAUUUAUAGAAAGUUCUUCGUAUGGUAUAUUUUGCACCUACAUUACAACCUAUACAGGGUCAGGUUUAAUUAGAUACCUAUGAAAAUGUGGGACCGAAUGCUAUGUAAAUAUUCUAGUCAUUAAAAUUAGAUUUGAUGUCAACAUUACAAGUACCGUUCCGGAUUUGUGCAAAAAAAGAUCAACCCAAUCACUAAUAUAUUAUUACAUAUUUCAGAUUAUAUUAUAAAAAUAUAUCGCCCAAACUUUUCGUAGUAAAUCUAGCAUUUUAAAUAAAUUAUAUUUAUGAAAUUUUGGGCUUUUGAUGUGAAAAUACGUUAUAGAAAAAAAUAUAUGCAAAAUACAAAAAAUAUUUGAUGUUAGCAUGCAAUGUCGUUGUGUUAUAAUGUCAUAUUAGAGAUGUUAAAUGGGUAUGUAGUUUACUAGGAGUUAGAUAAUAAUAGUUAUGCAAAUUACUUGUAUUCAUUGUAUGAUCUUUAUGUUUGUCAAUUCCAAAUGUCAUUUCUAAAUAAGACGUUUAGCUGUAUGUACAUGUAGUUCUGAGUACUAUUACCGUGUGCCAAUUUAUUUAUUUACUUUUUGACAUUAUUAUGUUAUUACAACUUAUUACAAAAAUAUUAUUUUCGAUUUUCCAAAAAAAUAAACGCUUUGACUAUCAUAAAUGUAA